AUGCCUUUCCGACUGAAGCUCAAGAAAUCUCGCCAUUACAAUGUCAUGUCCAAGAGCCUGUUCGUCAUAUCGGUCGAUCAUUUAGACUCAUCUACUAAGAUUGACUGUACGCUAAGCUCGGAAAGCACUGGUCAGGAAUGUCUGGAAAACGUGUGCCAAAGAAUAUCGAUCCAACAACCGGAGUUCUUUGGUCUCCGUUAUGUGGUCAAAGGCACGACCGAUGAGAUGCGAUGGGUGGACCUGGAGCGUCCGCUGAGUCGCCAGCUGGAAAAAUAUUCGGCCAACUCGAAGAUUCUACACCUGCGCGUAAUGUACUACGUCCUAUCGGGUGUCAGCUUGAUACAGGACGAGGGUACGAGGAAUUACUACUUCCUGCAGCUGAAGCACGAUGUUGUGGAGGGUCGCAUCAACUGUGAUCCUCGGCAGGCGGUAAUACUGGCAAACUACAGUCGUCAGGCGGAGUAUGGCAACCAUCAGGAUCGGCACACGGUGGAGUACCUGAAAACGUUACUAUCCUUUCCACAUGAGAUGGUCCAUGCAAAUCUGCUGGAAGCACUUACCGAACAGGUGAUCCAGCAAGCACAUGAACUUCACAACGUAACGCAGGGUGACGCAGAAAGUUUGUACAUAUCCGCCUGUCAGCAGCUCGAUGGUUACGGUCAGGAAACGUUCACGGCGAAAAACGAAAGCGGGCUGGAGGUAAUGUUGGGAAUCUCAGUGUCGGGCAUCAUAGUUGCAAGUGACACAAACAAAUUUUACCCAUGGCGUGAUAUUACGAACGUGGUGAACCACAAACGUGCGUUCAACAUUGAGUGCACUGUGCCACGGGAAAGCGCUGGCUUUACCGUAGCAGACGUUGCUACUGGUCGUUACAUCUGGAAGCUGUGUGCGUUGCAGCAUCGGUUCUUCGUGACGUACGAGCAGAACCAGACGCAGGCGAGCCAGAUGAACUUGAAUCUGUUCCAAAACAUGGGUGACAAUUUGAACGACAGUCGGGAUGAUUUGUUAAGCGAACAGCAGUACAUGCACACGCAGCAACAGCAACACCAGCCAAGUCCAUCACCGGGAGGAUCUCAGCCUCCGUACCAGGGUUCGAUGGGGACGACCAGUUGGCCGAGCACACACGAGCUGGCAUCGCACUCGUCGAGCAUGUGGAACAAUGCGACCCAUCAGCAGCAUGCAAUGGUAGACACGCAGCCCGGAGGCGGAGGCGGUGGUGGCCACUUAUCCUCUAGCAACGUCACCAUUGCGACCGGCGUGGGCGGAAGCAUCAAUAAUCUCAACAACCUCAAUCCGGUAAAUAUGAUGCAAUCGUCGCGUUCCUCCGGGCUCGAUAUUAAUCUCAACUCGACCUCCAAUAAUGCGGUACCGUUGGAGUACUCGAACCAAAUGGGUUCCAGCUGGGGUUUGAAUCCGGUCGGUUCGAAUGCGUCACUCAUAAACCGUGCCCAAAGUUCGUCUUGUUUAGAUUUAAGCAACAACAAUCUAACACCCGAUCGGGAUCGGUUAAAAGCACUCCUUCCGACAUAUCGACCAGCGCCGGACUAUGAGACGGCUAUACAGCAAAAGUACCGUUCCAGCAGCAACGAUGUGCGGCUGGUGAACGGGAAUUUACUGCAUCUGUCCGCUUCGCAGAUGCUCGCAGCACAGGAGCAACAGCAUCAGCAGCAGGUCGCACCUUCAGGACAUCAUCUCGAGUACGGAGUUACGGGUAGCCAGCCGGAUGUGUCCUACUACGGCCAGCAUUUGCAGCAACAGCAGCAACAGUCGGCCACUCAACAAGUACACCAGCAACCAUAUCCGGACGUAACGCACCAUACAACGACUCACAUAAUCGGCCCACACUACUCGGAUGCGUCCGAUUAUGGUUUGACGCAUCGAUUCAAAAUGAUGCGCCUUGUAAAACCACCUCCGCCAUAUCCCGCCAAUCGACUCAGUUCGACUUCAACGCCCGAUUUGGCAUCUCAUCGUGCUCUGCUCGGUCUGCGCAGUGCUCAAGUGUCCGGUUCUAGUCCCGAUCUAGUAUCAACUCGCCCAUUGAUGAAUCACCACCAUCAUGCGGCGCACCUUCAGCACCAUCAGCUGCAAAUUGCGCAUCUAUCGCAGAGCGGCGGCCAAGUGUGCUAUCCUGGAUUGGCAACGGCUGGCAAUCCACACGCCCAGUUGCACCAUUCGCAAACAAUGCUGCCACACGGAACGUAUGAAAAUUUAAACUUUAUGGAGAAUCUAACAUCGACUAAAGCAGGUCUAAUAUCGGCUGCGAAUCAAGGUGCACCCGGCAAUGUGUACUAUUACGUUCCCGGAGGUAUGGAACACAUUUUGCUUACAAGUGGAAGUACACCCGGUGGUGAUAGUAGUAAUCCGCCCUACCACACUACCGCGAACGGUCAUAUCGGAUUGGCCCCGAAAACGCACCUCAACCGAUCAUCUCAACAUAUCAAUGGAUCGAUCGAACCGAUCUAUGAAAACGUCCCACUACCCUGGAAAGAUGACAACGAUGCACUGGGAGAGGGAAGAAACCGAACGGCAAGCGUUCAGUCUGCUCCAGGAACGCAGCAUCAGCCGACGAUGCGACCGAUGCCUCCUACGCCACCGCAACCACAAACGCCAACUAGUACCAGUGCACCGGCGAGUGCUCUGGAUGGUGCCAUGUUGAACAUUCAGUCUCAGGCCCAACAACCACAGCAACAGCUCCAGCACAAACCAUCCAAGCAGCAGCAGCAUCAGCAGCAAACACUGGAACAGCAGCCAACGGGACGCCAGCAACUGUUACAUCAGCGGGUUUCUGAAGGAUCAAUCACUGCAAUGGGUCCACCGGCACCAUCAUUAGCUGAUGUGCCAAAGCACCAAACCAAUAAUCAUUCCGGAAGUAUCGACGCCCAGCUGAACAGUUCUACCACUACAACAACAACGACGACGGUAUUGAGUGGUGCUACUACCGCAACCGCGGUCAAGGAACCUACUGCUAUUAACCGAUCACAUUCAUCGAACAAUAUGCUUGAUGCUUCACAACUCUCCAGCUACACAUUGAAUGAAACUGUCCAGAGCGGUAGCGUUCGAAAUGGACAUAAUGAUUCCGGCAUCAGUUCGAUUACGGGAUCGACCAAUCUCGGUGGUAGCGGUGGUAGUACAACUAGUCGCAACACUACUCAUAACAAUAGUUCGGCCAACACCUCCACCGCCACGACAUCGUCCGUGAAAGAAACGAAGCGGAAGCGCAUUUGGGAAAUUCUCGGCGGUCGAUCGAAAAACUCCACCGACAAGCAGAAAAGUGCCACCCUCGGUCGGGAAAAGGAUCGGAAAAAGAAAGGCUCCGUGGAUCCGAGCGUAGACGGCAGUGGAAGCGGAGGAAGUGCUAACUCAUCCAUGAACGAGGGAGCGAACGGAGGACAGCUGCGCCAUCGUUGGUCAACGGGAUUACCAAGAUUACAGCCACUGCCGGCAAAUAUCAGCAAAGAGAAAUUGUGCUCGUUACUGGAAUCGAAACUGGCCGAUCCUCAGCUGUACUGUGAAUUUGAGCGCAUUCCUAAGCGUAGUGAAAGCGCCAUCUAUAACUGUGCCUUAGCGGAUGAUAAUAAAAACAAGAACUUCGAUCCGUCCUUUCUACCGUACGAUAACAAUCGGGUGCGUUUAACUCCGACACGGGAUAACCGUAUGGGUUACGUGAAUGCUUCUCACAUAACAAGCACUGUUGGUAACAAGCAAAGGUUCUAUAUAGUCGCCGAAAGCCCCAACGACACACUGACGACAAACAUAUUCUGGCAAUGCGUCUGGGAGGCAGACGUCUAUUUAUUGGUGCAACUAUCCAAAGAGCUUAGCUAUAUCCCACAAACAAGUGAACGGUGUUUGGAGUACGGGCAGUAUCAAGUAUGGCGCGAAUUUUCCCAAGAAACAGAUCGCUGCACAACAAGCAAGUUGCGCGUGUACCACACACAAAGUCGUCGUUACCGGUCGGUUUGGCAUUUGUCGUAUACGGAGUGGGCCGACCAGAAUUGUCCGGGUGAUGUUGGACAUUUUUUGGGAUUUUUGGAAGAAUUGAACUCCGUUCGGUUGGCGUCAAUUGCGGAGGUUCCACCAUCGCACAAUACCAAUCCACCGGUGUUGAUACACUGUAAUGAAGGUGGUGGUCGCACGGGUGUGACUUUAGUAGCUGACUUGUUGCUGUACACACUGGAUCAUAAUCAGGACAUUGACAUACCGCGAUUGAUCGGCCAAAUACGACAGCAGCGAGACAGUAUCAUACCAUCAUUAGCGCAAUACAAGUUCAUACACGCACUGCUAAUACACUACUUAAAGCAAAACCGACUGAUCUAA